UUAUUAAUUAAAAAUGGAAAAUUUCUUUUUGGAAAUCAAAACAUCCAUGCCACAAAAUAAAGCUCCACACCGCUAUUUAUUAUGAUUUGUGGUUUUAUUUACAACCAAACCUGAAUCUAAAAGUCUAACUUUAAGCAGUUCGUCAAAACAAGAUUGGUAUAUCAUAGCCUCAACAGGUUGGAAUUGAAAAGGGAAAGGAGCGAUUUGUCAAAUGGAGAACUACAAUCCCGUGUUCUUGCAACAAUUGGCUCCCUAUAUCCAAGUUAAACUUCAUGAUGCUGAUGUUGAAUCAUGUCAAACAUUAUGGACUCAUUUCCAACAACAUAAUUUACAUCAUAAAGUAUGGGAUAAUGCUGUGAUACGAAAUCGAUUUCAAAAUCCUAAAUUCAUCAUUCAAUCUAAAGAUAUUAGUACAGGAAUCCCUCAACGGGAGAUAUCUCAAACUGAAAAACAUUCAAUCAUAUCCCCUUUCAAUAAUGAAUCUGAGUUGUUUCCUAAUGGGAUCAUCAAUGAUAAAUGGUUUAAUAAGUAUAUUAAUGAUUUCCCAUUUGCGGUUGUGUUCACAUUUGAAUUGACUAAAGAGACUGAUGUGGUAGAAUUAACUCGUAAGAUUAAUGAAUUGAAACAAGGCUGUAUCAAACAACAGAUCAAAAUCAUUUGCAUAAUUAUAUCCACCAAGAGUGAAACAGAAGAAGGUGGUGAUGGUAAUAAUAAUGGUGAUGAGGAUAUUAUAAAUCAGUUGAGAGUAAAUACCGGAUUACCAAGAUUAGUUGGACUUUUAUAUCUCAAUGGAUCCAAUAAAUCAACUUUAAAUCGAGAUUGUGAAAUCUUAGUUCAAUCAUUAUUAUCUAAUUUAAAACCUACAGCUCUUGAGUUUUAUAAUAAUAUCGAAUAUAAGAUUAAACAAAGAGUUAAGAAAUAUUAUUCCGUCCCAUCAACUUCCCAUUUAUCUAUGAAAAUUCAAUUAUCUCCUCGAUCUUUACAAGCCAGAAAUCUAAUUAAACAAUCAAUCAUAAAUCAAUUUAUAAAUUAUCAUGAUUUAGAUGUAAGUAUCAAAUUCAUGGAACAAGCGUAUCAGAUGUUAAUUGAUAUUUUAAAAGAUAUGCAAGUGAGUCUUCGCGAUGAUAUUGAUAUUUCAGAAUAUGAUCUUAAAUUAUAUAAUCAAGUUCGAACUUUGAUUGAUAUAUUAGCAUUUCAAAUCGUUCGUGGAUUAUUUUCAACCGAAGAACCUAUUCAAGCGUUAAGAAGACAUAAAUCUCAUAUAUCUAAAGUGAAAGCAAUUAUCGAUCCUGAAUCUCGCUUGAAAUGGGUCUCUAUUCAGUAUGAAUGGUUAGGACAAUUAAUGAAAUUAGUCCCUAUAUCAAUACUAAAUGGAUUAAAUACGGACGCGAUAAAGAAAUUAACCAGAAACCCAUCUAAUAAAGUCAGUUUAUUUGGAUACUUUGGAGGGAUUAAAUUUGAUGAUGAUAUAGAUUAUGAGGAUGAUAUUAUAACUAAUUCAGGAUUAAUAUUUUUAAAAUCAUUUAAUUAUCUUGAUAAUUUCAUUUCUAUCCCUAGUAAAUUCAAUUAUUUAUCAAGUUUUGAUAAUGAACAUGAUUUGAAUGAUCAUAAAGUGAAUUUAUUAAAUGAAUCAUCGAAAUUAAUCACCAAAGAUUUGAAUUCAAAUUUCAUCUCAUCUCAAGAAGAUUCAUUUGAACUUUAUUCAUCGUUGAUUAAUUGGUUAUUAGGUGAACAAUACUUUAAAUUAAAGAAUUUUAGAAAUGCUAUCGAAAAUUAUUUAGCUUGUUUAUCAACCACUACCAAUUCUCAUUAUUGGCCUCAAAUUUCAACCAUUAUUUUAUUAAAAUUAUUACAAUGUUAUUCAAUUCUUGAAAAUAAAGAAUUGGAAUUAAGUACGAUAUUGAAAUUACUGUUAUAUCCAUCUUUUGCAUCAUCAUCAUUAUCAUCAUAUAAAUUCAAAUUUGAUGGAGUGGAGGAUAAUUUUGAUAUUUCUGAUGUGAGUAAUUUAUUCAAUUUGAAUGUAUUUAUCGGGAAUGAAACUUUCCAACCUGAGACAUUCGUGUAUGAUACAGCCUUAAUUCAAUUGAUCGUUGAUUAUAAGAUAAAUUUGAAUUUAUUAUUGAAGUUGAUGCCAGAAAACACUAAGGUAGAGUUGAUUGUUAAUUCGAUUCAAUUUAAAAUUGAUAGAUUAGAUGGUGGCGGGAAGAAGAAAGCAAGAGGGUUAAAGAAUAUAACUAUUGUUCAUAAUCCCGAUGUGGACGAUGCCGCCGAAUCAUUAAAGAUAUUCAAAUUGGAUGAUAAUGCAGAUAAAGUUGAAUCAAACUUAUCUCAAAUGAUCGCUAAGUCAAAUAUAUUUCAAAUUUUUCAAAUGAUUUCAAGUUCAGGGUUUUAUGAGAUUGAAUCAAUUAAAUUAUCCUAUAAUAUUAAAUUAAGCCAUGAUGAUAAAACUGUCACUCUUGAUAAGAUUGAGAAUUUCAUAAUUUCAAAUCCAAACCCUCUGAAGACUGAGAUCCCACCUCAUCAUAUCCUGUAUUAUUCAAAAUCAUCAUCCACCAAUCAACUCGAGAAGAAACUUAUCAGAUUCAAUUCAUCAUCAUUAUCGCGUAAUUCCAUCAAGAUCUCCCCUUUGAAACCAAAUUUAACUGUUCAUUUGCAUUCACCAAGUUCAUUAAAUUGUAUUAUUUUAGGAGAGAAAUUACUGGUGACGUUUAAAUUAAAUUUCGUUCAACCUCAUAAGAAGAUUGAUUAUAAGAGAAUCCAUUUAUCUACUACCGUGUCGAUCUUAAAUAAAUCAAAUCAAAAAUCAGAUAAGUUUAAUAUUAGAACUAAUUGGGAUCAAUUCAAAGAUGAUGAAUCAUUAGAUUUGAAAGCAUUGAUGGAAAAUGGGGAAGAGUUUCAUAAUUUAAAUAUCACGAUUAAUAAUCCUCCUAAUUCCGUCACUUCCAAAGCAGAUGAUGAAGGAGGAUAUACUAUUUCCAUCGAUAUUAAAGUUGUAAUCUUAGAAGAAGAAGAUGAAGAAGAAAUUUCAGCAGAGGAAGAUAAUUCAAUUCAUGAUAGUUUAAUUUAUGAUAUUGCCAAGUAUAAUUUACCUAUGUUAUUACAACCAUUUCAAUUCAAGUAUAUGAUUGGACCUAGAAUAAGAUUGGAUGAGAUUGAUUUACCAUCCCCAUUCUUACUUGAUUCUCAACAUCCAUCAUCGAUGCCUAUUGCUACUAGAGCUUGGUUAGGGAAAGUUUCCAUAAUUGAUAAUUUUAAAACAUUCGAACAACAUGAUAAAGAUGAAAGUCCUCAACAAUUAGAGAUUCUUGAUGUUGAUUAUAAGAUUAAAUCGGUGAAUCCUGAUUUAAUCGUUGAUCUAAUUAGUGAUGUUAGUAAAAGUGAUGAUGAAAGUAUUACUUAUAAGCAAUUAUUUACGAUCAAGAGUAAGAAUGGAUAUUCUCAUCGUGAUGUUCAAACAAGAACUUCGAUAGUGAUUAAAUGGAAACGACAAGAUGAAGAGAUAAUUAAUACUUUCAAUAGUGAUGAAUGGCAGAUUGUCCUUCCAUUGUCUGAUCCACGAGUAUUAUUAACCAUUGACCAAUUAAGUUCAGAUUCAUUUAUACUUCGAUAUAUUCUUGAGAAUCCAACUCCGAGAAUAUUCACAUUUACUACGCAUUUAACCACUGUUGAAGAACAACCACAAGGAUUACCUCCAUUACCAACCCCGCCGUAUCAAUGGAGUUUUGAUGAUGAUAGGAAUUUAAUCCCUAUUAGACAAACGCCAUUCCCUGUAUUACCAUUUACGCGUCAUGUAAUGGAAUUUUAUGGUAAAUUAACAUUUGAAGAACAAGAAGAAAGAGAUCAAUUAAAGAGGAUUAAAUUACCUUUAUUCAAAGUGUUUGAUGUACAAUAUAAGAUGAUGUUACCUACAUUAUCAGUUGACGAUCAUAUUUUAGUCAGUAAGACUGGAUUAUAUUGGAAGCAACAAAAAAUCUAAUCUAGACCUAUAUA